GUAGCUACAGUAAAGUGUUUUACGUAUUAAUUAUUAUUUCGAGAAUUAAUGUACACAUUAUAUUUAUUUAUUUAUUUAUUUCUACCAGCUUACGCCGCUGCUACUUUUUAUGCUACUACUGUGGAAAUCUACUGUUCAGUUUUGCCACUGUAUAUGUAUAUAUUUUGUUGUGCUUGAAGGGUUAAAAUAAUAUGCGAGGCUGCUGUGUCCUAGUGAGAGAGAGAGAGGUAGACAGAAAGCGAGAGAGAGAGAGCGCGAGCGCGAGCGCGAGCGCGCAGGCAGGCAGGCGCGUCACAAGCUCGUGGGGGGAAAUCAAGAGAGUGGAAACGGCUCGUGGACACAAUGGAUUUGCGAACGGAAGGACUUUUUCGUUGAUUAAAGGACGGAGUCUUCGAUGAGCACGAGAAACAAGGCUGCCACUUCUUAUUCAUGCAGUAAGGAGGAGAAGCAGAGGGCUAUGCUGUUUCUGCUCGUCUUUACUGCUGUUUGAUUAACCAUGAUGAAGACUGAACCCUCAUCUGCAGCCAGCGCAAGCACUGGCACCACCCUCGUAGCAAGAAGCGCAUCGCCGCACAGAAACACCUAUGAAGCUGGAAUUCAAUCUCUCAAGCCGGUAAAAGAUUCCAGUGCUGCUAACGGGGAGGAUGGGAAACCUCGACCACUGGGCCGGGGCCGCAGGUACGGCUCCAAUGUGCACCGCAUCAAGAAUAUGUUCAUGCAGAUGGGUUCCCCUGGGGAUGAAGAGGAUCCGUCGAAGCCCAAAGACCAGUCCAUCCGACUCUCCCUCCCCAGAGCGAGCAGUCUGAAUGAGAACGUGAAUCACAGCGCGCUGCUCAAACUCGGCGGGACUGUGUCAGAGCGAGUUAGCCGCUUUGAUGGAAAGACCGACGGUGGCAGCUCCCGUGGACCGAGCUCAGGCUUCUCCAAGCUACAGGAGACACGGAAGAUAUUUGAGCAGCGCCACCUGCAAGAGAAGCAGGCUGCGACUAAUCGAAUCCUGUUGAAGAAAGAGCGGGCAUCUGGCUUCCAAGACAGCCGUUUGGAUGUGCUGGUGCGCUUCAAUGGCAGCACGGAGUCACUAGACAGACUGGACACGGUGGACAGUCGUGCAGAUGCAGUGUCCCCUACAGUCAGCCAACUGAGCGCAGUGUUUGAACGAGCAGACCAGCGCAACAACCUUCACCGACCGUCCUCAACCUCCCCGCUGCCUUCUGACGGGGUGAGCUCGACCCCAGGCAAAGUGGAAGGAAUCAGCUCCACAAUUGUCACUAGACAGGGUCGAGUCUCCCCUCCGACAGAGAAUCAAGGAGAGGAAGCUCAGUGCAAAGACCAAGAGGCUGCACCUGCAAGCUUCCAAGCUGAUGGACCCAAAAGCAAAUCAUCCGUGGGUAUGGCGUCUGGCAAUGCUGGUACGGAUUUCAGUAUGUCCAGGUCAGAAGAGAUCCAUAAUGCAUCAGGCAAGGCUUCCAAACCAGAGGAGCGUGCAGCACCAGGAGCACCGGAUGCAGGGAGCAGACUGGUACAGGCGGAUGUCCACGCCUCUCUGGAAAAUGGAGAGGCCACCAACAGCCAUGAGCUCUCAGAACAAAAGCAGGAAAUCGGACAGGCCUGCGCCGAGGAGGAACCCCACAGAGAGGAUAUCUCCGAAGCAGACCUGGUGGACGUCAGCGCGUACAGCGGGAUCGGAGAGGACUCUGGUGGGAGUCAGCUGGAUGAAGAUGAGGAGGCUGAGGACGAUGAUGCUUACGAACCAGAAUCCAGCUGUUCGGAAAUCCCUGGGCUGCCUACAGAAGACGAACCGCCCCCCAGCAGGAAGAUCCGCUUCAGUACAAACGCCAUCAAGGUUUUCACCACAUACUCGAACGAGGACUACGACAGGCGUAAUGAUGAGGUCGACCCCAUGGCGGCUUCGGCCGAGUAUGAACUGGAGAAGAGGGUGGAGAGACUGGACCUUUUCCCCGUCGAGCUGGAGAAAGAUAAAGACGGAUUGGGAAUCAGCAUCAUCGGGAUGGGUGCUGGUGCGGACAUGGGCCUGGAAAAACUGGGAAUCUUUGUCAAGACAGUGACGGAAGGAGGAGCCGCCCACCGAGACGGAAGGAUCCAGGUGAAUGACCUGAUCGUGGAGGUGGAUGGAACCAGUCUGGUGGGCGUGACCCAGAAUUUCGCUGCAACGGUCCUAAGGAACACCAGCGGCACUGUUAAGUUUGUGAUUGGCCGGGAGAAGCCGGGGGAACAGAGUGAGGUGGCCCAGCUGAUCCAGCAGACUCUGGAGCAGGAGAAAUGGCAGAGAGAAAUGAUGGAGCAACGCUACAACCCCUACAUGGAAGAGGACGAAGAGACGGGCGAAUAUGCCACCGAUGAAGAAGAAGAGACGAGCCCCAUGUUCCCUAAUGCCAUCGAGGUGUUUGACCUGGCAGAGAAUGAAGACAUGCUCUCUCCUGUGGAGAUGGACCCUGAGAAACUUACACACAAGUUUAAGGAGCUCCAGAUAAAACAUGCCGUGACCCAGGCUGAGAUCCAGCAGCUCAAGAAGAAGCUGGCUCACGCCGAGCAGGAUAAGCUGCGCUGGCGGAUGGAGAGGGCUCAGCUGGAGCAGACGGUGAGAGAGAAUAAGGAGCGGAUGGAGAAGUUGGAGGGCUAUUGGAUGGAGGCUCAGAGCUUGUGCCAGGCGGUGGACGAGCACCUGAAAGAGACACAGGCGCAGUACCAAGCACUGGAGCGCAAGUACAGCAAAGCCAAACGCCUCAUCAAAGAGUACCAGCAGAAAGAGAUUGAGUAUUUGAAGAAGGAGACGGCCCAGCGCAGAGCACAAGAGGAGUCAGAGGCCACCCACAAGGUGGAGACAGAAAACCUCCAGGAGAAGCUCACAGACUUGGAGUCAAAGGUCGGUGCUCUGAAGAGCUUGGAGCCGUCGUAAACCUUCCGCUGUGGAAAUGAUGGAGAGAACGACAGGAACGCCGCCCACUCUACCCUCCGACCACAUUUUCCCUCCAUGACCUGAAGAGCUUGAUGAACUACAGGAAACAUGCCGAGGGGAUGUUACCGGGGACAAAGAGGGGACAAAACAAACACCGUACCAGACACCUGAGGGACGUCAAGCCAUCAGGAGGCCCUUUUUAUAGUCAUUUGUUAGUCGUCUUCUCCAUUUCUUUUUAAGCGCCCUUAAAAGUAUUAAAGCCUCUCUGCUCUCGGCAGGAAUGUAGAACCUCUUCGUUAAUAAAUGUUCACUCACAUGCUUGCAGGAGAAACACGAAACGGUUGCUGGACAAAGAUGGCAUGCCCACAGUGUAGGAUCUGAGCGAGAGGCGGCCUGUAUAGCAGUGACUGACAAGAGGACUGUUUGUACAUAUUCUGGCAUAUAUUUAAAUAUUAAAAUCGCUUAAGCAAUGUGCUGGGGGGAGGAAAGGCGUAAGGGCUUUACUUUUCACAUCUACGCAAAUAAUACAGUGAAAACGGUCCAGUUUUUGCAUGGCAAGAUUGCCUUUUUAUGACAAAAUUGGGUGUGAAAAGUGUAAUCCUGAACAUUUACAGUUAGCAUUCAGGGGCUUCUCAUGUUUGCUUUUUUUGUAAAUGAAAGUGUAGAAUGAGUAGGGGCUUCUGGGUGAUGAUUUCUUCAGUGCUUGUGGUUAGUCGGUGCAGUGCUCAUGUGCCUCGAUCAGCCCUGCAACGUGGUCUGACUCUCCGACACAUCAGAGAAAGACUGCUUCUGCAUUCAUCAGAAAUAUGGCCUUGUUUUAUUGCUACCCACAACCUUUGUCCAGCCCUCUCUGUUAAAGCAGACUCGUCGUGUGUUUACGCCGAUGUAAGUGCACUCAGAUUGUACUAUUGAGUCCAGGAGAAUCCUAAAGUCGUGUCCAUCCUCCUCUCCUCUCUCCCGAUGGACUUGGAUUUAUUCAGUAUUAUCGUCCCCUAUACUAUGAUGAGGAAUCUCCUUGUAGUUGGAUCUUUUGUUCUUUUUAAAUGAGUUUGUCCUCCUGGGAAAACUGGAAUUUUGACACGGCAAUUGAAGGAAUUUGAGAGUUUAAUUAUAUGGUUUUAAGUUAGCAUGUUCGAGAUGCUGAGCCUCAUUCGUAGGACACAAGCAGAUAUGAGUUGUUAAACUCGCAUUAAGCCACUCUUGGGGGCAAUUCACACUGAACCAGUGUUUUCCCCUCUCCACACAAAAACGUUUUGAGACGUGUCAACUACUUUUUUUUAAGUUGAACUUAUUUGUAAUUGGAGCAAAAUGCAGUUACAUGUGCAAGAUGCUGAAAAAGCCACAAGACGCCAGUGCAAAGGUGGAUCACGUCCAUCUAGCACACGUUUACACAAAAGUAGAGCAGUGAAAACGAAAAAGACAUUUUGGUUCAACCAACCCCACGUAAAUGUAAGGGUUCUACUGCGUUGCUUUUUUUUUGUUAUUUUUUCACGCAAAACAUAUGAGCUUCGCGUUUGUAAGACACUGUCAAGUGUCAACCCUGCGUUCCUUUCUUCUCCUUUAGUUAAACUGCGUCUCGAGUUUUUACGCAACAGAACGUCUUCUGUGUGAACAGUGCCCAGUUCGUGGAGUGCAGGUCAUUUUCUUUAGUUCAAUCGUAUAGUUGUGUCCUAUUUUAACUGUUGGGCUUCUCACGUCAACCAUAUUAAUGAAAGAGAUUCAAGUUGGUUUUUCAAAUGCCAAAAAACCCAUAUUCCCAGCUUAGUAUUGAAAACCUUAAAGAGUAUUGUAGUUCUUCCCAUUUCCCUCCUUGAAUUAUUUGUCGUUCAGCUUUUUACGAACUGUUCACAUUGUAUAUGUGACCGUUUGUUAAGUUUUUUGUAUUUAUUUUUAAUAUUACAAGUAAUUUUCUGUCUUACAUCGAUUGAGCGUCAUGUUGAUCAAGCAACAGGGUAACACUGAGGAGUUUUUUGAAACAGUUGGUAGGAACGUCAUAUAAUAGGAAUCUUAAAGUCACUGCUAUUCUGCUAACCUACAUGAACUUCAAUCAUCCUAAUAAACCACAGUUAGACUGAGUUUAUGUCUGACUUUCCUUGUCAUAGUCACCUAAAAUAAUUGUCCAAGCAAGCGAGAACAAGCACUGACUGGAAAUUAUAUUCUCGCUCUGUUAAAGAUGGGACUAUUUUCUCAGUUGUACUGCUCGUAGUUUAACUCUUUAACCCAAAUAGACACCUGUUAUCUAGCAACCAAGUGCAGAAUGGUGUUUGAGAAAUUAAAAUGAUUCUGCGACGAUUAAUGCAGCAGUAAAUGUAUAUAAUAAAGCCAUAUUGAGGGAUUUCUUUUCUUUUAUUUGCACAGUGUCAAGGAAACCUUGAUUUCCCAUACGUAAGAAAGCCCUCUGGCUUGACAAGGACCUCAGCAAAGAUAUCUGAAUAAAACGGUCUUAUUUGCUGUGUAUAGUUCUGUUUACUGUGAGCCUCUGUUAUCUGAAAUGUAAUAUUGUAAUGUGCUGACUAGUACAUGAUGACCAUGUGUAUGGAUGUCCAGACAGUGGCACAGUUUUGGAGGUAAAGGACCCUUUGAAUCUUAUAAACGCUUUUAAAUUUUCACAUUUUAGCUUAGCUUAGCUUAGCUGCUGCCUUUAAUGAAAUGAAUUUGCUUCCAUGUACAGGACAGAGCUGUGUUUCUCUCCUCACUUUUGCUGGUGUAAUAGUAAGUUCCUCUUUAUUUUUGGUGUCCUACAGUGUACUUCAUAUAAUAAUAAUAAGAUGAGUACAGAUAACAUGUUUGAAGAUGUUACGUAGCUGUGUCGUUAAACAAGCAGCAACUUGCUUGGAACUAUAUUGGAGAAGAAAAAGAAGUGUUUCCAAAUGCCACAGUUUUGUAAUUUGAGGGUAAUUGCUGUAAUUGUGACACUGGCACAUUUGUCUGACACCUAACAUAAAGCAGGAACCCUGAUUUAAUAGUUGUUUAACGAACUCGACUCCAUUUCCUCUGUACUGUUUUAAUUACUUGUUUUUUGUUUUUUCACCCCGCCAUGUAAAUCGCUACAUGAACCAGAGGCAGAUGUUCCUCGUUUGAAAUAAGCGCCAUCAUCAUCAUGAUUGAUAAUUGCAUAAGUGCUGUCAUAAUAAAUGCAGAAGUGUGCUGAGCAA